AUGGCUCGCUGCCCUGACUCGUCCUCGGCAUGGCUCGCUGCCCUGACUCGUCCUCGGCACGGCUCGCUGCCUGCCGAGUAUGACUCGUGUGUGAAGCCCUUGGAGGUGGACGAGAGUCCUACAGAGGACUACGGCGAUAUUGGUGGGCUGGGCAAGCAGGUGGGGGGGUGUUGUUUUGUUGACUCCAAAUCACGUCGCCAUCGCCUCUUCCGCGACAAGGCCCGCCGUGCUGUCCGAAAGCCGCUCGAGGCGACUCUUGUUGCUGCUCCUUCCCGCGCUGCUCUAAUUCCGAAACCUGCUGCCAAAUUACUGCUCCCUGAUCCACCACACGCGUCCCACCUCCGCCGUCACGACUUCUCCCCAGCAGCUGCCGGCGAUGGCGGAAAUUUCGACGGAAACUUCAGAGUCACCACCACCACCACCACCACCACCACCACCACCACCACCACCACCACCACCACCACCACCACCACCACCACCACCACCACCACCACCACCACCACCACCACCACCACCACCACCACCACCACCACCACCACCACCACCACCACCACCACCACCACCACCACCACCAUCAGCCACUGCUUCUCUUUGACUCACCUUCCAGAUUCCCUCUCCUUCCUCCCCAAGCUCCACACCCUCUCCCUGAUCGGCUGUCCGGCGCUUGCCUCCUUGCCUGAUACAUUCGGUCAGCUGCCCGGGCUGAAAACAUUGGAGCUGGUCGCAUGCAGGGAAUUUCUGCAGCUGCCCGAGUCCGUGACAGAUUCAAAUUUGUGA